UCUGCUGAAAUCUCAAUCCACUCGUGCCUGGCUAGCUAAGAUCCUUCCCGCUUCCAGUAGUCCAUCUGCUUCCACAGAUCCCUCGUCUCCUUGCUCUUCCAGACUUCGACUUGUACGAACGUCCAUGAAGCAAGCAGCGGCAGACCGGGCCGUGCCCCUCUCCCUCUCGCUCUCCCUUGGCGUCCUAGCCAACUUCAACAAGAAGAUGCGCCGCGCCGCCGCCCCCGGUGGGGAUGAGUUCGUGUGCAAGACGUGCGGCCGAUCGUUCCCGACGUUCCAGGCGCUGGGUGGCCACCGGACCAGCCACCUGCGCGGACGCCACGGGCUGGCGCUCGCCCUCACCACCGGCGAUCACUACUACUCCGUCAAGCCCAAGAGUACUACGGAUCAGAAGCAGGAGCACCGGUGCAACAUCUGCGGCCAAGAGUUCGAGACGGGGCAGGCGCUCGGCGGACACAUGCGCCGGCACCGCGACGAGACGCCGCAGUCGCUGCCCGUUCUGCUCCAGCUCUUUGUCUAGACUGAUUUGGGUAGUUCUUCUAGUGCAGAGUUCCUGGCAUGCGUAUGCAUGCACACUUGUAGACGUACUUACUCCCUUCAUUCCUAAAUAUAAGUCUUUCUAAAGGUUUUACUAGUAAACUACA